AUGGACGCCGAGGAGCCAACAAAGCCCCUCGCGGCUCGCAGCGCCGACAACAAGAUACAGGUUGAUAAUGCGCUCAGGGCCAUUAGUGAAAAGAAACCGAUCCCCGAGAUAGAUUUCACCCUACAUACUAUGGAAGAUGGCUCAACAGUCAACACAAUGGAGCGCGUCUGCAAAGAUGUCCAGGCUCCAGCUAUGCAUCCACCAACCGAUGAGCAAUUUUUCUCACCCGAAGAUCCGUCGAAGCCCAACCUAGCAUUUCUUAAGCAACAUUUCUACAGAGAAGGACGCUUGACUGAAGACCAGGCAUUGUUCAUCCUUGAGGAAGGGGGUAAGAUCCUGAGGCAGGAGCCCAAUCUUCUGGAGAUGGAUGCGCCAAUCACCGUUUGUGGUGAUGUUCACGGCCAAUACUACGACUUGAUGAAGCUGUUCGAAGUUGGUGGGGACCCUGCCGAGACACGGUACCUCUUCCUGGGUGACUACGUCGACCGAGGGUAUUUCAGUAUCGAGUGCGUUCUCUAUUUGUGGUCAUUGAAGAUCUGGUAUCCUGAUACUUUAUGGUUGCUCCGUGGAAACCACGAAUGCCGGCAUUUGACGGAUUAUUUCACGUUCAAGCUCGAGUGUAAACACAAGUAUUCGGAGAAAAUCUACGAGGCGUGCAUGGAAUCCUUCUGUGCCCUCCCACUUGCUGCUGUCAUGAACAAGCAAUUCUUGUGUAUCCAUGGUGGGCUGAGCCCGGAGUUACACACCCUAGACGACCUAAAGAGCAUUGAUCGUUUCCGUGAGCCUCCUACUCACGGCCUAAUGUGCGAUAUUCUCUGGGCCGACCCCCUGGAAGAAUUUGGCCAAGAGAAGACGUCAGAGUAUUUCAUCCACAACCAUGUCCGAGGAUGCUCGUACUUCUUUUCGUACCCCGCAGCUUGCAACUUCCUGGAAAAGAACAAUCUUCUAUCCGUCAUUAGAGCACACGAGGCCCAGGAUGCUGGAUAUCGCAUGUACCGCAAGACUCGUACUACAGGAUUCCCUAGUGUCAUGACCAUAUUUUCCGCACCCAAUUAUCUCGAUGUCUACAACAACAAAGCCGCGGUCCUUAAAUAUGAAAACAACGUCAUGAAUAUCAGGCAAUUCAACUGCACACCACAUCCGUAUUGGCUACCAAAUUUCAUGGACGUCUUCACCUGGUCGCUCCCAUUCGUCGGAGAAAAGAUUACGGAUAUGCUGAUUGCAAUCUUGAGCACAUGCCCCGAGGACGAACUCAAGGAAGAUACGUCCACCCCUUCAAGCGCCAUAGCACCAAUUUCCCCACCCGCUACCACCCCAAUGGACCCCGAGUCCAUCGAGUUCAAGAAACGGGCCAUCAGAAAUAAGAUUCUUGCCAUUGGCCGUCUCUCACGAGUGUUCCAGGUCCUACGAGAAGAGUCCGAGAGAGUAACAGAGCUCAAGACUGCCUCGGGAGGCAGACUCCCAGCUGGUACGCUCAUGCUUGGCGCGGAGGGUAUCAAGAACGCAAUCAGCAGCUUCGAGGAUGCCCGAAAGGUGGAUUUGCAGAACGAGAGAUUGCCACCCAGUCACGAGGAGGUUACUCGGCAGAGCGAGGAGGGCAGGGCCCAGGCAUUUGAGCGAGCGAGAGAGUCGGCGGACAAUGACAAAGGACUGCAAUUACUGUCCAGGCGUUUGAGCACUGACCGAAAGAGAUGA